AAUGAAAAGGCGGAUCUGCCAUCUUCUUUAUUGAGUGAAUUCCUCGCAUAUUUGACUCGACUUAUGCGUUUUGAAUGCCACAGUCGAGCGGCUGAGGCUCCAGGCGGGCAUGACGGCACACGACCAGGCAGUGCGCGGACCGAGCGGGACACCUCGCGGCGGCCCAGAGGAGACCGCGUGAAGAGCGUCCCGCACCCCGCCGACGAGCAGCCGUCCUUGCUAGCGACACGCGACCAUGGAGGUCUACCGCGAGUCCACUUAGGCAGCGUCGCCGCUGAGCUCCCACCACCGACGAACCACAGCUCCAACAUGCCCGACCGGCGGUGCUCCACUCGGCUCUCGGUGGCCUGAUUGACGUUACAGGCCUGCUUUUUCCAUUGGGAAGCUUCUUGGCGGGGGAAAGCAGGCCGGCUAGCACCGCUAGCGUUCGCCUCUGCGGGCUCUGGCCGUGCGGACCGGUCCGUGCCCACACCCGUAACACGGCCGGCCAGCAGCGCGAGGACUCUUUUCCACUCUAAGAAGAAUUUCAUGGGAUUCCUAUCGGGGAAGGAGAAGCGGGCCUAAGCCAAAAUGGUGCACUGGAGGCGGCUGCUGCGAAUGUCCAACCGAUCGUUCCUGGCCUUCAUAUUCUUCUUCUCCAUGUCCACCACUUGUCUCUACUUCAUUUAUGUGGCUCCUGGAAUAGCCAACACGUACUUCUUCAUGGUGCAGGCUCAGGGCAUCAUGUUGAGGGACAACGUGAGGACCAUCGGGCAGAUGAUUCGAUUGUACACCAACAAGAACGGCACGCUCAACGGGACCGACUACCCUGACGGGAGUAACUCCAGUGAAUACCUGGUGCAGCCGACCACGUACCUCCCUGAGAACUUCACCUACGGCCAGGACGGACCCUGCCCCGAGCGCCUGCCUUCGAUGAAGGGCCUCAUGGAGGUGAACGUGACGGAGAUCCCUAUGGAGGAGAUGGAACUGAAGUUUUCCAAGGUUUUUGACAUUGACUUUGGAGGCCACUGGAAACCAAAGGACUGCAGACCUCGCUGGAAGGUGGCGUUCCUGAUUCCAUUUAGAAACCGCCAUGAACAUCUGCCCAUCCUCUUCCAACACCUCAUCCCCAUGCUGCAGAGACAGCGGCUGCAGUUUGCCUUCUACGUCAUCGAGCAGAGUGGGAGCCAGCCCUUCAACAGAGCCAUGCUGUUCAACGUGGGGUUCCUGGAGGCCAUGAAGGACCUGGACUGGGACUGCAUGGUCUUCCAUGAUGUGGACCACAUCCCUGAGAACGACCGAAACUACUACGGCUGUGGUCAGAUGCCGCGCCACUUUGCUGCCAAGCUGGACAAAUACAUGUACAUUCUACCGUACAGCGAGUUCUUUGGUGGUGUGAGCGGUCUCACUGUGGAGCAGUUCCGCAAGAUCAAUGGCUUUCCCAAUGCAUUCUGGGGAUGGGGAGGAGAGGAUGAUGACUUGUGGAACAGGGUUCACUAUGCCGGUCUGAAUGUCACCAGACCAGAGGGAGAGAUCGGCAAGUACAAGUCCAUUCCCCACCACCACAGAGGAGAGGUGCAGUUCCUCGGGAGGUAUAAACUGCUCCGGUACUCCAAAGAGCGCCAACACCUGGAUGGCCUCAACAACCUCCACUACAGCCCCCACACGUCCCUCAGCAGCCUCUACAAGAACAUCUCCGUGGAGCUGAGCCCCGAGCUCGCCCCUAUCGCAGACUACUGAACCCCCCCAGCUGGCCUCCCCGAGGAGGGGGGGCGCCGCACCAUGCUGCCAAGAAGUCCUAGCGCGAGGCCAACGAGAAGACGUGUGCGUGUGUGUGUGUGUGUGUGUGUGUGUGUUGCUGCUGCAUGUCUUAACUGCUACCAGUCGACCUCCGGGGUCUGAGGCUGGGGGGAGCAGCAGCGUCUCGCCUCUGAUGUUUGCUGCGAAGCCUUAACGUGGAACCACAGCUCCCUCCGGCCGCGCCGCUUCCCUCCCCAUGUCCCGCCGUCCCCUCCCAGGCCAGCAGACGAGCCCCGCCCCCCUCCCCAUGGACGGUCGUC